AUGACGUUUGAUCCGAACCUCUCUGCUAGUUUUAGUUCCCUUGCCCUAUCUUCUAACCGCAAGAUCAUUGUGGGAGUCGAUUAUGGUACUACAUUUACAGGAGCCAGUUAUGUGAGCUCCAAAGCGUCCGGCUUGAGCGAUAUUAUACUCAUCAACACCUGGCCUGGCCCCUCUAAAAAUACCGAUGCCGUCUUCAAAGCACCGUCUCGCAUCGCAUAUGCCUCCGAUAAUCCACGUAUCUCUACACAGCGCUGGGGUUACCAGGUUGAGCCCGGGAUGGUAGCGUACUCGUGGACAAAGUUGCUGCUGGAUCAAGGCACACCAUUGUCCAAUUAUGACGAUUCGUCCCUUGAAAAUGCUUCUCAGGCCGGUAUACUGCGUGUUCCAGAGGGGAAGACUGCGGUCGAUGUCGUUUCUGACUAUCUGUCCGAGAUUUAUAAGCAUAUCUUGAAAGCAAUUGCCAAGCAAAUCACGGACCAAGAGCUGUAUAUCACCCCAAUAGAGUUCUGGUUCACUGUCCCGGCUAUUUGGUCAGACAAAGCUCGGGAUGCCACAAGAACUGCUGCUCGACGGGCGGGGUUUGGAGGUAGUCUUCUCCGGCCAAGCGAUAAGGUUUUCCUGAUCAGCGAGCCAGAAGCAGCGGCAAUCACAGCGCUAAAGAAAUAUACUACAAACAGUAUAGGAGGUUCUGUCAGGGUCGGAGAUGGGGUGCUUGUCUGCGACUGCGGUGGUGGUACUGUAUGCGGUUCCACAGCAGUGGACCGUAAUUUCUACAAGCUCAUGUCAGACAGGUUCGGCGAUGCAUUCAAUAAUUUGCCCAUGAGGCGGAAGAGCCCUGGAAGCGAGUUCAUGAAACAGUUUGAGACUAUCAAGAGGGAUUUUGGCAGCUCUGAUGAGUCGACCACAUUUGAGCUGCCUCUCAAUAUGACAGUCUCUGACCCAGAUCCAAAACACUUUGAUAAUGAAGAACGGAUGGUUAUUAUUUCAAGUGAUGAUCUGCACACCAUCUUUGAUCCUGUCAUAGAUAAGAUUACUAGUCUAGUGCGACAGCAAAUUGAAGAUGCCCGUGAAGAGACAGGCAAAGAUAUUAUCAAUAGAAUCAUUUUGGUAGGUGGAUUUGGCGACUCCGAAUACCUCCGCAAAUCUUUCCGGUCAUCCUUUGAGGUUCAAGACAAGAUUACUGUCACAAUUCCCGAUGCGCCACAAGCUGCUAUUGUACAAGGGGCUGCGCUGCGAGGGUUGGAAGGCCUCCGGUCCACCACCAAAAGGUGCCGUCGGCAUUACGGCUUCACCUACAGCAUCCCAUUCCGGGACGGGAUAGACGAUGAGGGCGACUCUUAUGUACACCCUUACAGUGGCACAAAAAUGGUCUCUGGCAUUAUGAAAUGGAUGGUUGCCAAGGGUGACAAGUACGAGGAGGAUUAUACAGACAGCAUAACUCUUCUUCGGCCCCAUACUGCAUCAUGGGGUAGAAAGAAGUCUAUAACUCUCUACGCAUGCGAUCAAACUAGCGCUCCUGAGCGGGUGAACUGCAAAGGUUUGUCUGCUGAGGUUUCCAAAUGUGCCGAUCGAUCUGACGAGGAAUCAGAUGUUUAUGAAGUAGGUGACAUAGUUGUAGACUUUACGGGUGUGGACUUGGAAAUAUUCGAUUCAAAAAUGAAAGAUGGCAGGCGAAUAUAUAGCCUGAGUUACGAUGUCAAGGUAAUCUUCGGCGCACAGGAGGGUGUUCUGAAAUUUGAGGCUGUUACUCAGGGGCAAACAAUUGGUCGGACGAGUAUCAACUUUAACACGAUCAAAUAUUAUUAA